AUGGCGGAUAGACGUAAUUGGAGUAUCCAAGAAGAGGAUGUACUAAUUAUUGUUCUACAAGAGAUUGUAGCCGCCGGUGGUAGGAGUGAUAAUGGGUGUUUUCGGACCGGCACAUAUGAGCAAAUCGUUUUAAAGAUGCGUGAAAAGAUCUCGGGCCUCAAUAUAGUAUCAAAACAUAUCCAAAACAAAAUGAAGCGGCUCAAAGAUAAAUAUUCAGCAGCUUAUGACAUGUUGAAUACAAGUGGUUUCGGUUGGAAUGAUGCGCAUCAAUGCGUAACGGUGGAUGCUCAAGUGUUAGAGGAAUACUUAAAGAAACAUCCAAGCAAAAAUUAUAUUGCCAACAAACCGUUUCCCCAAUAUGAGCGACUGAAGACAAUAUUUGGAAAAGAUCGAGCUACAGGAUCGAUGGCGGAAUCUGCCGCAUAUACAUUGGAGCACAGCAAUCUAGAGAGUGAAGUCGGUGCUGAUACCGAAGAAUUGAAUAUGCCUUCGACUACUCCUUCUAAUGGCGCUUCUGCAUCCUCCAUUCCACAAGACGUAGAAGCAUCAUCCAAAAAAAGAAAGAGAAAGUAG